UACUUAAACCAACAACGGCACACAGUUCAAACCUAUAUCGUCUUCAACUCUUCAUCCUCAUCUGGAGAAACUGAGAGAUGAGCUUUACCGUGUCGUCGUCUGCUUUGGUUUCUCAAGAUAAACCCUGAUUUCUCCGCCGGAAAAAGAUGGAGGGAAGCGAAUCUCAGAUCUAUCACGAGCGGCAGCGACUCCAAUUUUGCCUCUUGCACUCCCUCAACAAUCUAUUUCAGGACAAGAACGCAUUCACGCGGGAAAGCUUGAACUCGAUCUCGGAGAAGCUCGUGGCGGAUGAUCCGAACAAAGAAACGUGGACGACGACGCCUCUCUCCUUCCUCCUAAAGCCUCACCACAACACGCUCACGGGGAACUACGACGUGAACGUGAUGAUCGCAGCUCUGGAAGGGAAAGGCAAGAGUGUUGUUUGGCAUGACAAGCGUCAUGGAGCUUCUUCUAUUGAUCUUGAUGCAGAUGCUCUUAUGGGGGUUGUGCUGAAUGUUCCGGUCAGAAGAUACGGUGGGCUUUGGAGAAGCAGGCACUGGGUUGUGAUGAGGAAGAUCAGUGGAGUAUGGUAUAACCUGGAUAGUGAUCUCCUUGUGCCGCAGAGGUUUAAAGACGAAGAUGAAGUUAGGGGGUUCUUGGAUCGAAGUCUGAGUUCAGGUUCAGAGGUUUUGCUAGUGAACAAUGCUUUAGGCAACUGUUUUCAUCAUCAUUCCCUUUAUAUAUUACAAUACUCUCAACUCUGUCCUCGUAAACUGCUCUCACUCUCUUGCGACAUGUCGGCUACAGGACCAAAACGGUGUAAUGCAAACACCAAACCAGUAACUUCUGGUAAGCAAUUCUCAGCCAAGGGACCUUACGGUAAGAAUCCGGGACGCACAACGAGCUGUGGCUUGAGGCUGCCGAGGAAAACAGAAGUCACGGCAGCAAGGCUGAUCAAGCAUCUCAGCUGUAGAUUCGUCAAGGGGUUGCGUCUAGUGGUGAUGAGGAAGAAUAAGAAGAAGAGAUCUCCACCAUUGAAGGCUUCUUCCACCAGUAGAUCUCAACCCUCGGUGAUCUCUGUGGCUAAUGAUACCUGUAGAUCAGAGGCCAUAGAAGACUGUAUACAGUUCAUAAACUCCUCGACCACGUUCACAAGAUCAAGUUCUACCAGUGGCCAAACAUCUUAAGCUUUUACUUAUGCCCAUAGUCUCGAAGACACUAUUUCUUAGUUGCUCGUUGGCUAAGAAAUAGCAUACUAUUGAACUGCAUGUAAUAUCUUAUAUUAUAUAGAGUUAUAAGAGAGAACUAUGUAAGUGAUCUUGAGAAGCUUGGAAAGUGUGAGCUUCGUUUAUGUACAAAAAAAAAAAUCAUCUGUAUAUCUUUAAUCUACAUAAGUAUUAUUCAUGUC